GAUGAUCCGUUUCUGAUGGUAUUUAAGCCUCGGUGUAGAUCAGAAAUGCAUAGUUUCAAUCAGGAUCAGAUCACGCUAAUACCUCCUAGCAAGAUGGCGAAGUUCUUGAUAAUCAUGACGACGUUGCUGGCUGCGGCCCUAGCCUACCCUGGUUACGGUUCCAGCGGGCGCGGUAGUCUCGGAAGUGGUGGCUUCGGCAGCAGCCAAGGAAGUCAAGGGGGAUUCGGUGGUGGUAGCCACGGAGGUGGUCUCGGUGGAGGUAGCCACGGAGGCGGUAUCGGCAGCGGUAGCCAAGGAGGUUUCGGCAGCGGUAGCCAAGGAGGUUUCGGCAGCGGUAGCCAAGGAGGAUUCGGCAGCGGCAGCAGCAGCUACGGUGGCCACGGAGGUCAUGGCAGUCAUCACCUUUCUGGGCUAGAUGGUGGAUACGGCCAGGGACAGGGCGGUUUCGGUGGCAGCCAGGGAGGCUUCGGUGGAAGUCAGGGAGGCGUCGGUGGAAGUCAGGGAGGUUUCGGUGGAAGUCAAGGAGGUUUUGGAAGCGGUAGCCGCGGAGGUCAAGGAGGUUUUGGAAGCGGUAGCCGCGGAAGUCAAGGAGGCUUCGGAGGAGGAAGUCAGGGCGGUAUCGGUGGCAGCCACGGUAGCGGUGGAUACGGACAUAAAUAUUAAUCUUUUUUUAAUUGUGUAUGUAAAAAAUGUGAAUUGUGAUUAUGAUCGACUCCCAAACCAGUAAUAAAUAGUACAAAAUCGAAAAAAC